AUGGUUAACGGUGAAUUUCAUGAUCUUUUUUUCAGCAUCCCGGUUAUCACCCGGUCGCUCGUCACCUCUGCAGUCGGCUUGUUGUCCGUCAGCAUGCUUAAGAUCAUUCCCAACUAUUACCUUAUUAAUGUGUGGCCGCUGACCAUUAACCGAUUCCAGAUCUGGCGUCUUGCAACUUCCUUCCUUUUACCUCCUGCCCAAAAUCCCAUGGAGGCUCUUAUGGAUCUCUUUGCACUAUACAAAUAUAGUCGUGUCAUUGAAGAGGAAAAGUUUUUAAAUGUUCGUGCAAGAUAUGCUUGGUACUUGACAUUUGUCUCGACUAUUAUACUGGGGACCAACUAUUUUCUUGGAGGUACUCAUUACUUUAGAGCACUUGUUAUUGCCCUUACGUACACUUGGGCUCAAGAUAAUGCUAAUCAACAAGUGAUGUUUUAUGUGCUUAAGGUUAAAGCGGUUUUCUUGCCUGCUAUUAUGUUGCUGAUACAGCUCAUUGUUGGCGGCAAAUACUCCUUCUUGCGCGCAGGUACUGGCUACCUGGCUGCUCAUCUUUACCUUUUUUUCGAUUCCAUCUACCCAUCUUACGGUGGUGCAAGCAGACCUUCGUUCCUUGUUGACCCACCUGCUUUUUAUUACAAGCUAUUCCCAACACCUGGCCACCCUGGUGCGCCUGGUGGUGAUGGUGCUGGUCGUGCACGUGGUGUCUUUAGUGGGUUUAGUACUCAAGGUGGAAUCAAGUCUCAGAAUACUGGAAGUUCUGGUGCCUCUGAUGCUUCAGCAACUGGGUCGUCGACUGGGUUUGGACGAUUUUCAAUGUCGGGACCCUUUAAGGGCAAGGGCAAGAGACUUGGAGAAUAA